AUGGCCAAAAAAACUAGACAAAUAUCAUCUCGAUCAAGAGCUGCGCGACGCGCCGUAUCUCCACCCCCAGAGCUCGUCGACACUGCAUCUUCCGAAUCUAGCGGCAAAGUCCGUGUGCUUGAACACAUUGCCGAUUUAACAGUUCGUGGUCAAUACAAGUCUGGUGAUGGUGACGAUGAUGACGAUGGUCCUGGUGCGCACAUCACCGAGUCCCUAGCGCUGGGCGUUGUAAAUGCGCAAACACACAAGGUUGGCAAGUCUGCACCUGCAGGCCGAAAGCAAAAACUGUCAGCAAAACAACGGAAGAGACAAAUGGACGCGGCACUAAAAGCAGAAUCCUUAAAAGAUGUCUUGUCAGUCAAGGUUGCACAAAGCAAAGAUAAACUUCGGGGGAUUAAGGAGCGAAAGAAAGAUUGGGAAGAUUUUAAUCGUACAGUCUCGACUAAAGGCUCCAAGUCAAAGUCUCAAGGUGAUGAUGGAGAAGCAGAGUCUACUAAUCCUUUUGCUGCUCUUUUUAAUGAAGAGUAA